AUGCCGCCACGUCCACAGGGAACUUCACGCCCACGGCGAGGCGGGCAACCGCCUGCUAUCAACUGGAAGACCGGCGCAAGCGUUUCCGUCAAAGUGGGUGGUUUGCCGCCCAAUGUCACUUCUGCAGAUUUGCUGCAAUGGUUUUCGGAUUACGGCACCAUUGUAUUUUGUAAUAUCACAUAUGGCGCUGCUAGUGAGGCUCAGGCCCCAGCAUCCGCUGUCAUCAACUUCGAACCUGUACCCAGUACUGCCUUCUGGGAGGCUGGUUCAAUCGUUGUUCAACACCCUGAUUCUGCAAAGUACACCAAGGGUAUCAAACUCCGCCUUUCAGCUGAAUCUCGUCGCGAACGAUUGUUCCAAAGUCGCGUCAAUCCAGACGUACAGUACCCUACAAAAAUCACGGCCAGCAUCAACUCACUUGGCUUUGGUUCCAUGAUCGGUGCUGCCGCGAUCAAUGUUCGCAAAUCAGUCACUUCGUCCAACACUACAGAGGACUUCAUCCUUGAGCUAGAUGUAUUGGCAAAGCGCCUAGUCAUUUACUUUCCACUUGCCGUCAAACAAGGUGAUGGCCAUUAUCAAACCAAGCAGCUCAAACUCCUCGCCGAAGUCUCUCAAUUGCAGACUGCCUUCUACAUCACAGAAAAGGGACAAGAGGCCUUUAUUUUACCAUUUCCAAUACCUCCCCAGUAUUUCUGGAAAUUCGAUGAAUUAGAGCGGGCUGCUCUUGCCUCACGUCGCACCAACUGGCGCGCUCAAGACUCCUGGAAGAGAGCCACAGACAUUAUGGAGGACGAUACAAUCCCACUGGAUUUCCCCGUCUCUUCUAAUCCUACUUCGUUCAGAUCGGCGUAUCUAGAUGUCGGUCGGUGGACGGCCUUUCGUGUUGCUGUGAAUGCCACGAAUGGACCUGGCAAGCUGGCAGUCCAACACCUGAGAUUAGCGCUGGAAGAUUUGAAUAUCAAACUACAAAUCUGUGAUCGAUUCCACGUUGGUAAUUCCACGAUGACAAUGUGGGACUACCUUGACCAUCACAGCGUUGAGGAAGACCAACAUGCCUUGGCCAGCUUGCUGCUAUCCAAUACCCCCUUCGUCCACCUGGACUUUGCGGUUCGGUUUCAACUGGAAGUAUGCAUCACCCGCCGCGUACUCAACGAACAUACGGUAUCCUUGGAGUUCUUGCAAAAGCUAGCUGCUCUGCAUCCACUCGAUGCGAAGCACCGCCUGGAAGUUCUUGUGGAUCAAGAGGAGGUUGUGCACAAUCCCAUGGACAUAUUUGCAAGGCGGACCAUGGCACCCUAUAGACCGGCGACAAGAAUCCCGCAUUACUGCGUGUUGGCGCGGAAGGCCACUGUGACCCCUACUUCUCUUCUACUGAGCUCGCCCGCCGUUGAGACCUCGAACAGGGUUCUCCGAUAUUUUAACCAAGCCCAAGACCGCUUUUUGAGAGUGCAGUUUGUGGAUGAAGCGGAGAGCGGCCGUAUGACCAUGAACUCCCACAACAAAGAAGAGAUAUGGAAGAAGUUGCUCAGAACCCUGUACGAAGGCAUCCAAAUUGGCGAUCGGCGAUACGAAUUUUUGGCUUUCGGCAGCUCACAGCUCAGACAGUCUGGAGCCUAUUUCUUCUGCCCAACUGAUCAUAUUUCAUGUCAAGAUAUCCGUCAGUGGAUGGGCCAAGUCAGUCAUAUCAGAAUCGUGGCCAAGUACGCGGCUCGGCUGGGUCAAUGUUUCUCUACAACAAGAGAGAUGAAGGGCGUCCCCAUCCCAGAUGUGCGACCCAUUGCAGAUAUCGAGCGAAAUGGUUACUGUUUUACUGAUGGAGUUGGCAUGAUAUCCGGCUUCAUGGCUCGGAUGAUUGUUGAAGAGCUCACCUUGGAAGUAUUCAACGACCCAUCUGCAUUUCAAUUUCGCAUGGGUGGGUGCAAAGGUGUACUGGUCGUCUGGCCCCAGGCCAAGAAAAGCGAGGUGUAUAUCCGAGAAUCCCAGGAGAAGUUCAAAGCCGACGCCAAAAACUUGGAGAUUAUCAAGUGCGCCAAGUAUACCUCUGCUACACUCAACCGACAAACAAUCACUAUUCUGGAGCACCUUGGUGUGCCGAAGAAGGCUUUUAUGGAUAUUUUGGAGAAACAGAUUUCUCUCUACGAAGAAGCUGCCAAGGACAACAGAGUGGCGGUUGGCAUGCUGAAAAAGUGUGUGGACGAGAACCAGUCUACCUUGGUCCUGGCUGAACUCUUGCAGGCUGGCUUCAAGACUAAGAAUUGUCAGGAACCGUUUGUGGUCAACUUGCUAAAUCUUUGGCGGUCUUGGUCUUUGAAAUUACUCAAAGAAAAGGCUAGAAUCGCCAUCGAACAGAGCGCCUUUGUUCUGGGUUGUGUGGACGAGACGGGUACUUUGAGAGGCCACUCAAAUGCAACCGAAGGCACCUCCGACAAAGAUGUCAACAAGCUUCCCCAAAUCUUUUUGCAGGUGUCUGACUCCAAAAUAUACGACACAACCAAAGUGAUCAAGGGCAUUUGUGUUGUCGGGCGAAAUCCGUCAUUGCACCCAGGCGAUAUUCGGGUAGUUGAGGCAGUUGAUAUUCCUGAGCUGCACCACCUUAAAGACGUCGUCGUCUUCCCCUCAACAGGAGAUCGUCCGGUCCCCAACAUGCUAUCUGGCGGAGACCUUGAUGGGGAUGAUUUCUUCGUCAUUUGGGAACCCAGCCUGAUUCCUGAGAAGUGGAAUCACCCGGCCAUGAAUUAUUCUAGCCCACCGCCGCCGAAGCUUGAUCGGGAUGUCAACGUUAACGAUUUACGAGACUUCUUUGUAAAUUACAUGAAGAAUGACGUGCUUCCGCUCAUCGCAACGGCUCACUUGGCGUUGGCCGACCGGUUUGACCCUGCAUCACCCAUUUGCCUGAGACUGGCUGAGCUUCACUCCAAAGCGGUCGACUAUCCAAAGACUGGCGACCCCGCGGAGUUCAAUCACGAUAUGUACAACCCUCAGAGUUGGCCGCAUUUCAUGGAGAAGCAGCAAAGAUAUAAAUCGGCCAGAGCCCUGGGAGCAAUAUAUGAUAGGGUGAUCAAGCAGACUAUCGAAUUCCGACCUGACUGGGAAAACGCUUUUGAUAAGCGAAUCCUCAACCGAUAUCAGCUUGAUACUGGAAUGCUCAAGAGCGCCAGGCAGAUCAAAGGCCAGUAUGACGCUGCGGUGCGUCGUAUAUUGUCGCACCACAAUCUGGGUACCGAGUUUGAGUUGUACACGUCCUGGGCUAUGACGAAGCCAGCGAUCGGAAGUGACUACAAGCGACAGGAAGAACUGGGCAGGGAAUUCGACGCCAUCAAAGACAGAUUCCGUGGCUUGUGCUUUGAAGCCGCCGGUGGUCGCGACGAGGACAAGAUUGACAUAUUCGUGGCAGCCAUGUAUAAAAUCACGGAACAAGAAAUCGCGAUUGCACUUUUUGAGCAUCGUCGUGGAGCAACGAAUGAGGCUAGCAAUCUCAUUCCAGCCCGAAAGCUCGAAACAAAGUCAAUGCCUCUGAUUAGCUUCCCUUGGAUCUUCCCUUGGGUCAUGAUUCGAGUCGCAUCAGAUGGAAAAUACGAUCCAAAAGGCUCGAUACUCGCUGCGGCUCAUCGCGCUAUGCCUGUUCCUGCGCUUUCCAUUGUUCAUGACGCCUCAGGAGACGCAUCCGGACUCCGCGCAUCCGAAGCUGUACUCCCACAGAGCGCAUUGAAUGAUGAAGAUGAAGAGAUCGCAGUCGCUGCUUCAGAGGAAGAGAACAAGGAAGGAAAAUUGCCACAGGGCAUGGAGGCGAUGUCUCUACUUGACGACUUUGACAGCUGA